CUUAACUGUUUAAUGUCUCUAACUUUUUUAGAAUAAAACGCAAACGCAAUGUCAGGAAUUAUUGCUUGUGGAUCGACAUGAAGGUGGAUAUACACAGAACUCCAAAAUUCAACACUCUGAAAAGAAAACAUCCCACUAUCUUCUCUAAUUUUUCCAGUUUUCAGGAGUUGCCAGUCUUGCGUGGCAUGGUGGCACAUGACUUUAUUCCUAGCACUUGGGAAGCAGAGGCAAGCAAUUUUCUGUAAGUUUGAGUCCAGCCUGGUCUACAUAACAACUUCCAGGCUAACUACAUUACCACAGUGAGACCCAACCUCAAUUAAGAAAAGAGAUCAUGGGGUUGGGGAUUUAGCUCAGUGGUAGAGCGCUUGUCUAGGAAGCGCAAGGCCCUGGGUUUGGUCCCCAGCUCCGAAAAAAAAGAACCAAAAAAAAAAAAAAAAAAAAAAAAAGAAAAGAAAGAAAAGAGAUCAUAAUUUCUGAGAAGAUAAUAGUGAUAUUUUUAGGGUGAAACACAGUAUUUAAUAACAUACUUGCUGCUAAUACGGGAAUGAGACAAAAAAAAUUCAUUUUGUCUACCUUUCUAACCAGUAGCGACAGAAGUAUAACAAUCCGUGAUGUAUCAUAUAUUUGUAUGCCUAACCCUGAAGGAAAGCCUGUCUUGUUCAUUUUUGUUCAUUUUUAUAUCCUCAGCGCCUAGAAAACUCUGAAGGAUCCAGAAAAAAAAACAAAAAACAAAAAAAAAAAAAAAACACUUUUCCAAAGCAGGUCAGAUGAUCUAUAUCCACUGCCCCCCCCCCAAAAAAAAAAAAAAGCCAGCAACUCUGUCCAUUCGCUUUGCAGACGUCAAGGCUUGAUGAGAAGUCAAUUCUAAUUUAAAAAGUCACUUUUUCGGGAAGCAGAAGCUUCCCACUCCGUGCAAAGAGGAGCCAAGUGAACAGAACCGCAAAGACUUGGCUUGCCUCAAACGCAAACUAAUUUAUUAUUAUUGGCCCAAAUUUACCCUCUCGCCUGGGGCGUAAGCCAGUAUCCACAACCUCAUUGAACCUCAAGCAGGGCAAACUAGUAGCUGGUUGGGAGCACAGCGAUUCUCAGCCAAAACCCAGGGAGAGCUGCACCCGUGCUGCGCAUUUUCCCAAAAGCCUUCAACAGAUCUCCGCCUUUAAAAUUUGCAUUUCCUAAGAAAUGCUUCCAAUUCCCAACAUUAAAAGCUAAAGAAACAGCUCUCCCGAGGCUUCAGGGAAUGGCUGUCUUCCAAUGCUAUUGCCACUUUCGGGGUCCAACAGGCACAAGCCCAAAGCUGGACCAUACUUGCUACAAGCCUCAGUGACUGCCUUUAAAGUAACCGCGCGCAGCGGGGAUGCCCCGGAGUUCAACUUCCGGCCGCCCACUUAAGAUUAUUUUCCUAGUGGCGCUGCGGCUGCCCGAGCCGCGCCUCUGGCCACGCCCUUGGCCACGCCCCUGGCCUCACUCUGGCUUCCCAGGCCUGAAAAAGCGGGAGGGGCGUGGCCUCGGGGGAAGAAGCGCUCCCUGAGUGGGUCGGAGCGUCUCACGGAGCACAGUCACGCGGAGGCACGCUCCGAGCGAGCGGGCGAGAGCUCGCGAGCGCGCUCCCGCCGCCCUCUACGGUGACGUGCCUGGCCGAGGCCGCGCUAGGGCGCUGGAGCUGCUACAGAGCCGCUGUCAUGGCGUCGGAGGCGCUAGCUGAGGAGAGCCGGCCGCGGUGUCUAUAGGACCAGGGACGGGCGGCCGGGGAUGGAGAACGGCCCUGACAGCCCACAGCCUUUGGAACUCGGGGUGCCAGCGGGGCGAGUGUCAACGCCGGAAGGGCGACGGCGCGACGGGCGCGAGGCUGAGGAUGGUCCCGCUGGACGAGCGGUGGACAGCGGCGGGCAGGGGGCGGCGGCAGCGCGUAGCAGUCUCGGGGACCCGACGUCUCCCUCGCAGCACGGAUGCAGCGCGGGCUCGGACUUGAAGAACAGCGCGUCGUCGAGCCCGGUCGCCUCGGAGGCGCCUUCAAGAGGGCAGCACAAGGUGACCGCCUCCCCGGAGCUGGCCGAGGCCGCGGCGGGCCGAGGGUCCGGGCCAGUGGGUGACACAGGCACCUGCAGGGUGGAGCAGGCGGCGGAGGAGCCCAGCAGCGCUGGCGCCCUGAGCAGCAGCUGCAGCGAGCCGAGCCCCCCUGGGGACUCGCCUAGCUUGGACUCCCUGGAGUCUUUCUCCAACCUGCAUUCUUUCCCCAGUAGCUCUGAGUUCAAUAGCGAGGAGGGAGCGGAGACCAGGGUCCCCGAGGACGUGGAGGAGGGCGCGGCGGAGCCGCCCAGGGUUGCACCUCUGUGCAAAGAGGAGGAGGAGGACCCGGCUCAGGUGCUGGCAGCCUCCAAAGAACGCUUUCCGGGACAGUCAGUGUAUCACAUCAAAUGGAUCCAGUGGAAAGAGGAGAACACGCCCAUCAUCACCCAGAAUGAGAAUGGACCCUGCCCAUUGCUGGCUAUCCUCAAUGUUUUGCUUCUCGCCUGGAAGGUGAAACUCCCACCGAUGAUGGAGAUCAUAACCGCGGAGCAGCUGAUGGAGUAUCUCGGCGAUUACAUGCUUGAGGCAAAGCCAAAAGAAAUCUCAGAAAUUCAACGUGUAAAUUAUGAACAGAAUAUGAGCGAUGCUAUGGCAAUCUUGCACAAACUGCAGACAGGCCUGGAUGUGAAUGUCAGGUUCACUGGGGUACGAGUUUUCGAGUACACACCAGAGUGCAUAGUCUUUGAUCUUCUAGAUAUUCCUUUGUAUCAUGGGUGGUUAGUGGACCCUCAGAUCGAUGACAUUGUAAGAGCUGUUGGCAACUGCAGCUACAACCAGCUGGUGGAGAAGAUCAUCUCCUGUAAGCAGUCGGACAACAGCCAGUUGGUUAGUGAAGGCUUUGUAGCUGAGCAGUUUCUAAACAAUACAGCCACUCAACUGACGUACCAUGGAUUAUGUGAACUGACUUCAACGGUUCAGGAAGGAGAACUCUGUGUGUUCUUUCGGAAUAAUCAUUUUAGCACCAUGACAAAAUACAAGGGUCAACUGUAUUUGUUGGUAACAGACCAGGGCUUUCUUACUGAAGAAAAAAUUGUCUGGGAAAGCCUCCACAAUGUAGAUGGCGAUGGAAAUUUCUGUGACUCAGAAUUCCGUCUUCGGCCUCCUUCAGAUCCUGAGACUGUAUACAAAGGUCAACAAGACCAAAUAGAUCAAGACUACCUUAUGGCACUGUCACUGCAACAAGAACAGCAGAGCCAAGACAUCAACUGGGAGCAAAUCCCAGAAGGAAUCAGUGACUUGGAGUUGGCAAAGAAACUCCAGGAAGAGGAGGACCGACGGGCCUCUCAGUACUACCAGGAGCAGGAGCAGGCUCAGGCUGCUGUGGCCACCACCACCCCUUCCACGCAGGCCCAGCAGGGCCAGCCAGCGCAAGCCUCUCCAUCAAGUAUAAAACAGCCUGGGAAUAGUGAACGGAAACGCAAGGAACCUCGGGAAAAAGACAAAGAGAAAGAAAAGGAAAAAAAUAGCUGCGUGAUUUUGUAGGGAUUGCUGGCAUCUGUGGGAACCACCUAUGCAGAUGACGGAAAGGAAGACCCAGUACCUACCGUCUGUGCCUGAUCUCCCAAUGGAUUUUGCUCAUGUUUUCCAGGGGAAAGUUGUUACUUUGUUACAAUCAACUUUUUCAAGUUACACAAUACAUUCUUUAUGAGCUGGAGUUUUAUGUUACAAGUUGGAACUGUUGUGUGUUGUCACUGUAGCCAAAUGAGUAUAUCACUCCUAUUUUGUGUCUAGUGACAUUGCAACUCAAUCAGUUAGUAAGCUACUGUGUUCUAUGUGACAAUGGAUGGAGGUCACUGAAUGAGUUUGAUCCUUCUCAAGAUGUAAUUAUUAGCACAACUAUGUCUGAACUUUACAUUGUUAAAUUAUGUUCUAAUCCAUGAGGAAAAAGGAGUUUAAUACUGGGGAGGGGCAGCAGGAAUAAUGACCCUUCAUUGUGCAUUGAACUGGUUCAGCCCUUGAACAGCUUUACCUGUCUUUAGUAAUGCACAUCUUAGCUAUUAUCUUGGGAACUGAUAAUGGAGCUUGGAUCCAAUUUAGAUAGAAAAAUAUUUUUUAUUUUCCAAUAGCAAAAAAAUAAAAUACACGACACUAAUACUUAUAACCUAUUCAGAUGAGAUGCUGACUUUGUAGUGCUAUGAGGUGUUGAGAAAUUUCAGCACCUUCAGAGCCUGAAAGGUGGCUUCUGUUUGAUGAGGAUGUAAUACGUGAGUGAGGAGAAGACCACACUCAUGUUCAGCCUUGUAAAUAUAAGGACAGAGAAGAGCAGAGUUCACUGUCUACCUUUUUCUAGAAUUACCUUGAACCUUAAAUUUUAAAUCAUGUUUAUUGCUAGAAAUUUAAACCAAUAAAAAGCACAUUUCUGAAGGAGAGUUAAUCUCUUGACUCUAAUGAAAAGAUAUUAAUAAAAUUCUAAACAUAGGUAGGAGUCUGAAGGAAUUUAUGUAAAAGCAAUCAGAUUUUUUAACUUAUGAGAACCAAAUGAACCUAAGACACCUUACAUCAUUUCUAGGAUUCGGGGAUAUUUACUCAGCCUGGCGAUGAGGCAGCACAUACUGUAUUUCUAGAUACAAUUUGGAAAACUGUCCUUCACAUGCUUUAUAUACUUUGUAUUUAGACUUUGUUUCAGUUAUUUUUAAAGAUUAUUGCCAGUGCACAAAGCUGCGUGAUUUAUCCUAAACCUCAGUAAAUUUUAUUCAGGAGCAUCACAGAUUGAAAAUCCAGUUAGAGAAUAUUUCUUGUGGUCUGGAAGCAACGAAAGACUACCAAAAGAAAGAAGUCUAGAGUUGAAGACUACUGUCAUUGAUGUUUUCCAUGAUCCCAAGCCGGCUGUAGGCUGAGUACAUAUGUAAAAAGUAGAGUUUUAUUUAUGAAAAGUCUUGUUCUAAGAGGAAAAGAACUUCAGGGCCACGCUGUACCUUUCUGUCCUUCUAUAGUACCUAUCUAUUUAUGCCCUUUGUUGUUUCUUUAGACUUUCUAUACUAGCAUGGGGACGAAUCAGAGGACCUGCCUGGGGUAUAACAUUUGUGUGUAAAAUACCUGAUAAGUCUCUUAAGUGCAACCUAGAGUGAGUACGAACUGUCAGAGACCAGACCCCUUCAGAUGGACUGACCUCAGCAUAAACACCCAUGACAGCAUUCUGCUGAUUGGAGGAGAAAACGCAAACCUCAGAGUUUGCCUUUCCCAGAUCAGUCUAAUGUUUUAGUUUAGGAAACAGUUAACCUAAGAGAUCAAGGCAUAUUUUUCCACAAUUAUAUUACAAUAUCUACUUAUUGCCCUUGAAGAUCUAUAUAUAAAAGUUGUGUUAUUUUUUACUCUCAUAUUUUUCCAAAGAUAAUAACUGCCAAUACUAUGUUCCCUUUAGAAGAAGGAAGAAAUAGAACAGAAGGAACACACACCACUCACUGAAAACCAUCAGCGCUGCUGUCAGAGGAGUGGAUGUGUGCUUAAAAUCAGCAGUGUACUGUUCGUCAAUCCAAACUGUUCUUACAUGAGGUUCCCGAGUUGGGCUUGGCUACAUUCCUGGAAUUUAGUUUGAUAUGACAAGAGUCAUAUCAAACUUAUUAUAAGAUGUUUGUUUUGAUUACUGUGGGAGAGGUUAAAUGUUUGACUCUAUUAAAACAAAUCUCUAAGAUAUGAUUCCUGUCCUUGAAGGCUUGUCAAGGUUCCAAACUGCCACGUAUUUAUUUCCUGUGUUUGCUCAAGGCAGCAAGUGAUCAAUAUUCAGGCAUAUUACUGCUUGUUUGGGCAAAGAGGACUUUGAAAAUGGUGUUUUGAGGGAUUUUCCCCCUUACAAUACUUUGUGAUAUUGACAUUGUUAUACAUAUAUUGCUAACACACGUUACAGUUUAAACAUUUUGGAGCUUAAUGAUUCUAAAUUCUGGGCACACUUGACUCAUGUGCCAGUACAGCGGGAGAGCUAGCAGAAGGCAGGCAGGGAGCAGAUAUGGUCCCUGGCACUUUUCUCAUACAUUCAGAGCACACUAGUAAGGUUAGUGACCAGUCUGUAUUAAUGUGCACUUCUUCAUUAGUAAGUCUGUUGCGUCAACAAUGCUGUGACCUGUACUAGUUUAUCAGUACCUAGAAUCGUGUGUAUGUCUCCAUGACUUCUGUUUAGGCCUCAAAGCAAUCUGAAAACUAACAGAUUUAAAAGUUGUGAAUAUUUAAAAAUAUUCACACACACCUAGGAGUAUCACCAAGUGGUACAGCAUUUGCCUGCAGCACACAAAACCCUGGGUUCAAUUCCUAGCAUAAGUAUGUAGACUCACUGGCAGCUAAUCAGGGCACUGGCCUUAUGCCCAGUCAGUGUGGAUGGGAAGAAUAACAUCCUCCAUGUCUCAAGGUCAGGCUAGGAUUGAGCAAGUCAGAAGCUUAAGUUCAGAAUUAGGUUCUAGAAGAUGUAAUAAUAUAUAUACUAUAAUGUCAGAUGUUAGUUGACUAAACUCAAUGUUAGGCACUCUGUACUUGCACAAAAACUUCAUAGCAUUUGCUUUCCCUAAAUCAUAAACUCAUUUCAGACCUGGAGGACCAGAGAGCAUACGUGAGGGAAAGGCAUGACUGUGAUCACAAAUGUCUGUAAAAUCCUAGCAAAUUAGGCAAGAAUUUCUAGAACUGUCCUCAAUCUUACUUAAAUUUUAGACAUAGUCUUGCUAUAUCUAGCCAGACUGGCUUGGAAUCGACUGUUGUAGCCCAGGCUACCUUCAAACCCACAAUCCUCCUGCCCCAGCUUCUCACUGCCACUACUACAGGUGGAUAUCACCAUACCCAGCUUGUUGAAACUUCCUUUAGAAAAGCAAACAGCAAACUGAUUACAUGUUGCUUUGUGAUUCAUUGUACUGGUUAUUUAUUUUUUGACAGAAAGCUUACAGCCUUGUACCUAACACUGUCUUAGACAUAUAAAUUGAAAAAUUAAUGUUUGACAAAAUAAGGCAGAGACAUUAAAGAUAGCCACUUAUUUAUAUUUUAAGGAAUUAGACACGUGAAAUUCUGGCUCAUUUGGUGUUCGAAACCUGACUUUAUCAGGGCAUGGUAAUACAUACCUGUCAUAGCGUUUUGUAGGGCUAAAGCAGGAGGAUUCUAAGUUCAAGGCCACUCUGUGCAAAUAAUAAGACCCUGAUUCUAAAACCAAACCUGACUUUGUCUUGUUUUGGCAAUCAUUGUGUGCCUCUGUUUACUCUGUGCAGGGUGCUCCUCUUCCCAUGUAUGCCCACAGUGCUUGGUUCUCCUGAGAAAAGGCCAUACUUUAGCACUGAGAAUUACCGAGAUCAUCACAGACACUGCACAUUCUCCAUUCUCGAGUGUGAAGACUUUUUAUAAUGACUUAAAUCAGUUUUUUAUGCUGUUAGAAUGUGUAGGAUUCCUUUGAAUGUGGCAUCCUGGCUUUCAAAAAUAUUUUUUGCAGCUGCUUUUCUAUUCAGCAGGCUAGUGUUGAGACCAGGAGUGUUUGGGCUUACAAAAUGCACUUCACAGACCUGUCUUUCCAGUAUCCUCCACAGAUCUAGCUUUUAGAGCCCCUUGCUCAGUCCCUCCAGGGUAGAGCAAUAUCAGGAACUGACUUUGCUCUCCCCACUGUUGUCAGUGUAUACAGCUUAUUUGUGGCUUUAAAUGAACUCUGAUCUUGUGCAAGUCAAAUCCUUUAGACAGCAAGUGAAAAAACCCUAAAGGACCAUGUGUGAACCUUAGCGUCCGUGGUUCUUGAUAAGUUAGCAUCUUUUGUUACUGAUGCUUGACAUUUUUGAAACUGUUAAAGGGAAAAAAAUUAUGAAGAAUUGAGUUUACUUUUCUUAGGUAACAGUUUAAAAUAACUUUAAAUUAAAAGCUCCCUAAAGGGAAUAAAUUACAGAGAAGACAAAUCAGGAGGAAACCUUGCAGGAUGCUGGAACAGUUACUUUGAAAAUCUAUCUAAAAUUUAAUUCAUGCAUGUCUUUACUUAAUCCUGGUGUUUCUAUCCUUAGGAAAUAGAGCUUAACAUUAAUAUAUGCAUAUAUUUUUUUACAUGUAGGAUUCUAGUUUCUAUCUUCUGAGCUCAAGAAAGCUAAACUCAACAAACAGGGUAAAAAUCUUCAACUCUCGCCUCAAAUUCAAUGGUCCUUUGUCCUGACAAAAGUUAGACUUGUCUAAUAAGCUGGUAUUUUUAGGGCAUGAUACCCUCCCAUUAAGUACUUAAACUACCACGGCAGAGAUAGGAAACCUAAGCUUUGCCCCAUGGUGAAGUAAAGAACAAAAGCCCCCUUGCCCCAGAUCUCUAGCAUGACUUGUAAAGUCUUCCUCGGCUCACAGCUUCACUGUUACUGGUCACCUCCUAACUGCUCUGUCCACCUGUACUGUCACACACCUGGAGAGGCAGGGCAGCCCUGCAAGUAAAGGACGCCCAGAGUGGAGCCCCUGGGCAGGCAGCACUCACUCCUGUGGCUCUAGUGAUUGUCCAUCUGUAUGUGGAAAGUCAGGAAGCUGAAGUGCCCAAGAGAAAUCAUGAAUCGCUGAUGACACUGUAACAGAAAUGCCCUUUGAAGCAGCUAUAACUCAUGCAAUGAGUUUUAAAAACAGAGACUGGUUUUAAUCUUUGAAAACAAUGUCUGGUUCGUCAGAAUGUUUGUUGCUGUUCUUCCCCACCCAUUAUUUGUAUGACAUAACCACUGUGACAGGGUGCAGUGUCUCUUCGCCCCCCCAGGAUUUUCCUAGUAGUUUCUGUUAGGACAGCUGCCACGGCAGAUCCUCCUAAGACAGCAGCAGAGCGGUGGACGUGUGCCUGCAGAGCGGUGGAAAGGGUGAUCGGUGGGCAGCUCAUCUAAUGCCAGCACAUUUGACUCUUGUCCUUGACUCGGGCUGAAUAACGAGGUUGAAAUAUGGAUUUGGGAGAGCAACAGGCUAUGGAAUGAUGACGAAGACUGUCAUUUCAAACAAAGCAAAAGAAACAGGUUUUCUACCCCCACCUUGCUAUGACACAUGGAGCUGUGUGCUAGCUGAAAUGGGCUGUCAGAAGUGACUGUGGGGACUGAGCACCUCUACUAACAUUUCUUGUCUGUCCUAGCAUCCUUUCUACUUCUAACGAGUCAUUCUUUUGCUUUAAAUGAAGUGAAGAAUGAUGAGUAACAGAGGGACGACAUAGCAGUAGGAAAAAGACCUAAAGUGCACCAACCCCUUGCAGGGCUCAGCUGAUUUCUGUGAAAUAAACUAUUUUAAAUGUUAAUUAUGCUAAGAGCACCUCUAAAAAUUAUGUCUUAAAUUUCAAGUUUCACUUUUGGAAACUACUCCUGAAAAGACAUUGAAUAUAGGUGGGAAAGUAUAAAAUGUUUCUGACACAAUGACUCAGUAUUAUUCAGUGUUUAAUCUCAAAUUCGUUAUAACACAAGUGUCAUCAGUGGGUUAAAACGUUGGAUGUUUUUGUUAAUAUACUUAAAACUGUAACCAGUGAAUAACACCGUAGUAUUUUUUAUUAUAGAUUAUAUUUUAUUUCAAUAAACUUUGAUAUUUAGACUGAAAA